UCAAAAUAAAGAAGAACCCUAGCGGGAAGUCCCCACCUUUCAAUCUCUACGACGACUGUUCCCCGGCGUCGGCGACCUGGAAGCGCAAGGGUUGGGUCACCAUGACCCCAUAGCAUGAUGCGUCGCGGAUUAGGGUUCGGCUUAGCGUCGCUUCUUAGACCCGAGAGGUUCGCGGCAACGUCAUUGGGUCGAAAGGUCGGAGCCUUGUCUUUCCUCUCGCGGCGUUCGAUCUCCUCGACUGGUGGAGAUGUUAAUGCUGGAUGCUGCUAUCGGUGGCAGCGCGGCUUCUGCGGCUACGCCGUGGAACAGUUCUCCGACGACGAGUAUGAGUGCGAAUUCGAGAGCCACAAGCCUUCUUCAGAGGCCAACAUUGAUGAAUGGAGAUGGAAACUUAGUUUGCUCUUACGCGGCACUGAAGAGCAAGAGAUUAUUUCCAGGGACAAAAGAGACCGACGUGAUUAUGAACAAAUAUCAAAUCUUGCAAAACGAAUGGGUCUCUACAGUGAGCUUUAUGGAAAAGUGGUGGUUGCCAGCAAGGUUCCUCUGCCUAAUUAUAGACCUGAUCUUGAUGAUAAGCGGCCACAAAGAGAAGUGAUGAUCCCUCUUAGCUUGCAGAGGAGGGUUGAAGGUUUACUGCAAGAACACCUUGAUAGGGUGCUAUUAGCAUCCAACAUUGUCAAUGAUGAAUUGGGACGUAGUUCUUCCAGCAAGGAUGUGGAAGAUGUAGAUGUUGAUGAAAACCAGGAUUCCUUGGUUGACAGUUCAGUCAUGGAAAAGAUACUUCAGAGAAAGAGCAUACGAAUGAGGAACUUGCAAAGAACUUGGCAGGACUCACCGGAGGGUGUGAAGAUGCUGAAUUUUAGAAACUCACUUCCAGCAUACAAGGAGAAGGACGGACUCCUCUCUGCUAUUGCACGCAAUCAGGUCAUAGUAAUUUCUGGGGAAACUGGAUGUGGUAAAACAACUCAACUUCCUCAGUAUGUUCUAGAAUCUGAGAUAGAAUCUGGGCGUGGGGCAUUUUGCAACAUCAUUUGUACACAACCGCGAAGAAUAUCUGCUAUGGCUGUUGCUGAAAGAGUUUCAGCAGAAAGAGGAGAAAAUCUUGGUGAAACAGUUGGUUACAAAGUUCGAUUAGAGGGAAUGAAGGGAAAGAAUACACAUCUCCUCUUUUGUACCAGUGGAAUUCUGCUAAGAAGAUUGCUUGGAGACCGAAAUUUGAAUGGUGUAACUCAUGUUUUUGUUGAUGAAAUUCAUGAACGAGGCAUGAAUGAAGAUUUCUUGUUGAUUGUGUUAAAGGACCUUCUUCCACGUCGCCGUGAUUUGAGAUUAAUUUUGAUGAGUGCAACUUUGAAUGCUGAAUUGUUUUCAAACUACUUUGGAGGAGCUCCAACAAUCCAUAUUCCAGGUUUCACGUAUCCUGUAAGGGCGCAGUUUCUUGAAGAUAUACUUGAGAAAACUGGAUACAAACUGACUUCUUUUAACCAAAUUGAUGACUAUGGCCAAGAGAAACUUUGGAAGACUCAGAGGCAGCUAAUGCCACGUAAAAGAAAAAAUCAGAUUACUGCACUUGUUGAGGAUGCUCUUCAAAAUUCAAGUUUUGAGGGAUACAGUUCCAGAGCACGUGAUUCUUUGGCCUCCUGGACACCUGAUUGCAUAGGUUUUAAUCUUAUUGAGGCUAUUCUGUGUCAUAUAUGUCGUAAGGAACGACCAGGUGCUGUCCUUGUAUUUAUGACUGGUUGGGAUGACAUUAGUUGCUUGAGGGAUCAGCUGAGGGCUCAUCCUCUCUUAGGAGAUCCAAACAGGGUUUUGGUACUUACAUGUCAUGGUUCUAUGGCUACUUCUGAGCAGAAACUCAUAUUUGAAAAUCCACCACCUAAUAUACGAAAGAUAGUCCUUGCAACAAACAUGGCUGAAGCAAGUAUUACAAUCAAUGAUAUUGUGUUUGUUGUUGACUGUGGUAAAGCAAAAGAGACCACCUAUGAUGCACUGAAUAAUACGCCUUGCUUGCUGCCAUCCUGGAUCUCUAAAGCUUCUGCCCGCCAAAGGCGGGGUAGAGCUGGUCGUGUGCAGCCUGGGGAGUGCUACCAUCUCUAUCCUAGAUGUGUAUAUGAUGCCUUCGCAGAAUAUCAGCUUCCUGAGCUUUUAAGAACUCCAUUGAACUCCUUAUGUUUGCAAAUAAAAAGUUUGCAGGUUGGUAGCAUUGGGGAGUUCUUAUCUGCUGCCUUGCAGCCACCAGAACCACUCACCGUCCAAAAUGCUGUUGAAUUUCUGAAGAUGAUUGGGGCACUAGAUGAACAGGAAAAUCUUACGAAUCUUGGUCGAUAUCUAUCAGUGCUUCCGGUUGAUCCAAAGCUAGGAAAGAUGCUUAUCAUGGGUGCUGUCUUUCGUUGCCUUGAUCCAGUUCUUACGGUAGUGUCUGGAUUAAGUGUCAGAGACCCUUUUCUCUUACCGCAGGACAAGAAGGAUUUGGCAGGAACUGCAAAAUCAAGAUUCUCAGCUAAGGACUACAGUGAUCAUAUGGCUCUUGUCCGUGCAUAUGAGGGAUGGAAAGAUGCAGAGAGAGAAGGUUCUGCAUAUGAGUACUGCUGGAGGAACUUCCUUUCAGCCCAAACACUUCAGGCUAUCCAUUCACUUAGGAAGCAAUUUAGUUUUAUUCUAAAAGAUUCUGGUCUUUUAGAUGCUGACUCCAGCAUCAAUAACAGCUUAAGCCAUAAUCAGCCACUGGUCCGUGCUAUCAUAUGCUCCGGACUCUUUCCUGGGAUAGCAUCAGUUGUGCACAGAGAGAAGUCUCUGUCUUUCAAAACGAUGGAUGAUGGCCAGGUCCUACUUUAUGCUAAUUCUGUAAAUGCGAAGUACCAGACAAUCCCUUAUCCAUGGUUGGUCUUUAGUGAGAAGGUCAAAGUGAAUACUGUUUUUAUUCGUGAUUCUACAGGUGUAUCUGAUUCAGUACUGAUCUUGUUUGGUGGAACCCUCAUCAGGGGAGAAAUGGCUGGGCACUUAAAGAUGUUAGAUGGCUACAUUGAUUUCUUCAUGGAUCCAAGUUUAACAGAAUGCUACUGGAACCUCAAGGCGGAACUUGAUAACCUUGUACAAAGAAAGCUUCUAGAUCCGAGAACAGAUAUCCACAAAGAAGGCAGGUACCUAAUGCUUGCCGUGCAGGAGCUUGUCUCAGGUGACCUGUGUGAAGGAAGGUUUGUAUUUGGACGGGAAACAAGAAGGACCAGAUUUAGCGGCAACGAGGGCAACAAGAACAAUAUUGUGAAAGAUGGAACCAACCCAAAAAGCUUGCUGCAAACCUUGUUGAUGAGGGCAGGCCACAGCCCACCAAAGUACAAGACGAAGCAUCUGAAGACGAAUGAAUUCCGGGCAAUAGUGGAAUUCAAAGGGAUGCAAUUUGUGGGAAAACCAAAGAAGAACAAGCAGCUUGCUGAGAGGGAUGCUGCUAUAGAAGCUUUGGAAUGGUUGACCCACACUUCGGACAAGAGCCACCAGGUUGAAGAUGAUGACUCCCCACUUGAUAUCACUGAGAAUAUGCUGAAGCUUCUUAACAGACCAAGGCGAAGGUCAAGGCGUCGUUCGGGCUGAUGGUGACACCUGGAGAAUCCAGCAGACCGCAGAUGCUGCUAGUAUUAUUACUAGAGGCAUGCCUCUAAUUGUGCCAGAUUCUUUUUCACCUGGGGAGGCUCUCAUCAUUCUUUUGCUUACUGGGGCAAUUCUGAGUAAGUGAUAAUAAGACCAAGAGCCAAACGGUGCGGCAUGACACAUGGAUGACGAGAUUGGUAACAAUAGAUCAUCUUGAUCAAGGCAGAUAAACUUUUCAGAAUGCAUCAAUGUAAUCUGUAGGCUAAUUCAGGAAAUUAUAGUCUGUUUAUAUAUUAUAUCUUUUUUUGGGUACCAUUCGAUCUUUUUUACGGGGGCAAAGGAGUUUAAUCAAUUCUUAUGUUGUUGUGACAGUUAUAUAUACAGGAGGCAAUAGGUAAUAUUAAAGAGGACAUGAGCAUGUCCAGGUGUAAAAUGCAUUCUAGUUCCUUGGCUGCUACAUUGGCAGUUUAUUUUUUGGAGACAUUUAUUUAAAGAAGUGAGCUUUCAGAAUCACUGUAAACUA